AUGAAGAUCCCUCGUUUUAUCCUCUCUACAACACUCGCGACCUUCGCGGUCCUCACCCUCACCCCAUCAUCAUCAAUCCCCCAUGUCGCCGGCCAAAAGCUCUCCGAGAUCCUCAAAGGGGUCAAGAUCAUCUCCGACGGCGGCACGACGGUAGGAGGAUACAAACACCACCAACGGCAGUUCCAGGAGCCGAUCAUUCGGGCUUCAGAGUUGAUCGAGAACAAGCUCCAGAACGCCUACUGGAUCGAUUUCCAUGACCAGUUUGAUCAGCAUGCACAGUUCUCGCAGCUGGUGCAGACUCACCCAGGAAUUACGUUGAGGCAUGAGUUCUGGGAUUCGAUCAAUGCUGUCUCUGUCUCUGUCCGGGACGAAGGGGUCUUGAAGGAGAUUCUGACGCAGAUUACUGGCAUCAGGAUGGUCGAGCCUGUGGUUAUGCAUGAGCGUCCCGAGGCGAUUAGCGAUGAGGUCUAUGCGUUUGGGGGUGCAUCCAAGACCAAGAAGUACGACGUCCAUGAGCUGACCGGUGUCAAGGAGGUUCAUGACUCCCUUAAGCUUUACGGAAAGGGCAUCAAGAUCGGUAUCAUCGACUCUGGAGUCGACUAUCAUCACCCAGCUUUGGGAGGCUGUUUUGGCCCUGGUUGCAAAGUCGCAUAUGGCACAGACUUUGUCGGUGACGACGGCCGCAGCCCCGAUGACGAUCCCAUGACCGACUGCGAUGGCCACGGCACCCACGUCGCAGGAAUUAUUGCCGCCAACGACACCUCCUUUAUUGGCGUCGUCCCUCAAGCAACCCUCGGCGCGUACAGGGUGUUUGGAUGCAAGGGUGGUACUAGCAACGACUUGAUCAUGAAGGCUCUUCUUCGUGCUGCUGAAGAUGGGAUGCAGGUCAUCAACUUGUCUCUUGGAGGUCCUGGUGGUUGGCGUCAAGAUCGUGAGGCCCGUCUUGCUGAUGAGCUGGCCAAGAACGGUACCAUAAUUGUUGCUGCGAUGGGUAACGAGGGUCAGAUGGGACUGUUUGAGGCUUCCUCGCCCGGUGUUGCUGGUGCUGCGAUUACUGUUGCCUCGACUGAGAAUGUGUUCCGAAGCAAUAUGUAUUUCACCGUUGACGAGAAGUCGCUCAAGGGCACUCAGAUAGAUGAGGAGGAGGAGGAGAAGGAGGAGGAGGAAGAGGAGGAGAAGGAGGAGGAGGAAGAGGACGAGAACCGGUCGCAUGACGAUGAUGACGAUGAUGAUGGAGAUGAGGAGGAGAAGGAGCAUACCAAGGCUAAGAAGCAGCCCGGAGGGAAGAAGCCUCCACGUGCGAUCCUGUAUCUGGGUGAUUUCGACAUGAACCUUUCCAACACAACCUUGGUUGCUGUCACCCCCGGUACCUCUGGAAAGGUCGCCAACGAUGCCUGCACGCCCAUCACCCAGGACUUGUCUGGAAAGAUUGCUCUGAUCCGUCGCGGCGACUGUAACUUCAAAAUCAAGAUCGCCAACGCUGCCUUUGCCCAUGCAUCAGGUGUCAUCUUCAUGGAUAAUGUGCCCUCGACCGGCUUUUCGGCGGACACUGAAGGUGCCACGAUCAAGGUUCGAACCAUUACAUUGGACGACGGAGAAUAUCUGCUCAAGGCGAUCCAGCAGCUAAAGAAGGAGAAGGAGGGCAUCAAGCUCCUUGCCGGCAAGGGACCCAAGCAGGUUUUCAACCCCAACGGUGGCUUCCUCUCGGUCUUCUCGUCCAUGGGACCCGACUCUGAGCUUAAUUCCAAGCCUGACAUUGCUGCUCCCGGUGGUCAGAUCUGGUCGACCUUUCCUAUUAAGUUGGGCUCCUAUGCCUCUCUCUCGGGCACCUCCAUGGCAACACCCUAUGUCGUCGGAUGUGUUGGUCUCUACCUCGAGGGACUUCCUAACGGUGACCACUCUGCCAAGGCCAUCAAGACCGCCUUCCAGAAUAGUGCCCAGCCCCGCAAACAGCAAAUGGGAUACAAGGGAUAUGCCUCAGUUACGCAGCAGGGUGCAGGUCUUUUGAGGAUGAUGGACAUCCUCUCCACCAAGGUCGUCGUAACCCCCUCGCACAUCUCUCUCAAUGACACCGAACACAUCAACGCCAACCAGCAGAUCACCAUCACCAACACUGGUCACACCCCUCUCGUGUACAAGGUCGACAUUGUCUCUGCUGCCGGUCUCGAACCCUUUGACACCAAGAUGAUGGUCGAGAAAAUCCCCUUGCCCAUCGAAGCCAAGGCUUCUGUCAUAAUCUCUCAGAAGACUGUCACCGUUGCUGCCGGAUCCAGCUCAACCGUCGAUCUCAAGUUCACUGGCCCCAAUACCGACCCGACCAAGUUUGUGAUCUACUCUGGAUAUGUCCGCCUCACUCCCACAAAGGUCAGCCCCCAGUCUCCUGUCAUGCACAUCCCCUACAUGGGUAUGCAGGGUGACUUCAAGAAGGUCAGCAUCCUUGACUCGUCAUUCAGUCUACGUCUCUUCGAUGCCCGCGGUCAUCUCAUCCGCCUCUCCCCCAAAGGCAACCGCGGCGCCGUCAGAGGCGGUCACUCCACAGUCGGUACCUAUGAAGCACCCACCAUCCCAGUCGAGACUUCCAGAACCAUUAACGGCGAGAUUGGCAUUGACCGGUCCACCGGAAAAACUAACGACGUCAGCAUCGGAGGCCGCCCCCGCCAAGUUGCCCACGGCAUGAAGAUUGUCUUCCGCAUGACCACCGCCAGCGAAGUCCUAGUUGUCGACCUUGUCUCAACCGAGGGUGAAGACCCAUACCAAGUCAAAAGCUACGGUCUUCUCAAGGGUGGUGUUGCUCGGUUUGUGCCCCGGAACGACCUGUUGGAGGGUAAUGCCUUCCAGGUCAUAGGUUGGGACGGCGAUCUGUUGCGUAAGGAUGGUACACCCGAGCCAUUGGUGCGGGAUGGUAAGGCGUACAGACUUCGAAUCUCGUUGUUGAAGCACUUUGGUAACCCCCAGAAUGAUAUGGACUUUGAGUCGCAUUUGUCAGAGCCGUUCAGUCUUGGAUAG